GGGUGCAUUCAGCCCUGCCCGCGGUCCUCAGCUCCCGGCGCCGGAUCGCUGCUCGCUCACUUCGCUGCCGCUGCCGCCGCCGCCGCCGCCCCCGCCGCGCCUCCGUCCCCGGACUCGGAGAUCCUAACGAUGGCAGAGGCUCACCAGGCCGUGGCCUUCCAGUUCACGGUCACUCCCGACGGCAUCGACCUGCGGCUGAGCCAUGAGGCCCUGAAGCAGAUCUACCUGUCCGGACUCCACUCCUGGAAGAAGAAGUUCAUCCGAUUCAAGAAUGGCAUCAUCACUGGCGUGUACCCGGCGAGUCCCUCCAGUUGGCUCAUCGUCGUGGUGGGCGUGAUGUCCACCAUGUAUGCCAAGAUCGACCCCUCGAUGGGGAUAAUUGCGAAGAUCAACCGGACCCUGGACACGACGGGCAGCAUGUCCAGCCAGACGAAGCACGUGGUGAGCGGCGUGCUGUUCGGCACGGGCCUCUGGGUGGCCCUGAUCUUCACCAUGCGGUACUCCCUCAAGGUGCUGCUGUCCUACCACGGCUGGAUGUUCGCCGAGCACGGCAGGAUGAGCCGGGCCACCAAAGUCUGGAUUGGGAUGGUCAAGCUCUUCUCAGGCCGGAAACCCAUGCUGUACAGCUUCCAGACGUCCCUGCCGCGCCUGCCCGUGCCCGCCGUGAGGGACACCGUGAGCAGGUACCUGGACUCGGUGAAGCCCCUCAUGAAGGAAGCCGACUUUAAGCGGAUGACGGCUCUCGCCGAAGAUUUUGCCGUCAGCCUCGGGCCGAAGUUGCAGUGGUAUCUGAAGUUAAAAUCCUGGUGGGCCACCAACUACGUGAGCGACUGGUGGGAGGAAUACAUCUACCUGCGCGGACGGGGGCCGCUGAUGGUCAACAGCAACUACUACGCCAUGGAUUUGCUGUACGUGUUGCCCACGCACAUCCAGGCCGCCAGGGCGGGCAACGCCAUCCACGCGAUCCUGCUGUACAGGCGCAAGCUGGACCGGGAGGAGCUCAAACCGAUUCUCCUUCUGGGCUCCACAGUCCCGCUCUGCUCCGCGCAGUGGGAGCGGAUGUUCAACACGUCCAGGAUCCCAGGGGAGGAGACGGACACCAUCCAGCACGUCAGGGACAGCAGGCACAUCGUCGUGUUCCACAAGGGCCGCUACUUCAAGGUCUGGCUGUACCACGACGGCCGGCUGCUGCGGCCCCGCGAGCUCGAGCAGCAGAUGCAGCGGAUCCUGGACGACCCGUCGGAGCCUCAGGCCGGGGAGGCCAAGCUGGCGGCCCUCACUGCGGGAGAAAGGGUGCCCUGGGCCCGGUGCCGCCAGGCCCACUUCGCGCGUGGGAAGAACAAGCAGUCGCUGGACGCCGUGGAGAAGGCGGCCUUCUUCGUGACGCUGGACGACACCGAGCAGGGCUACCGGAAGGAGGACCCCGGCGCGUCCCUGGACAGCUACGCCAAGUCCCUGCUCCACGGCCGCUGCUUCGACAGGUGGUUUGACAAGUCCUUCACGUUUAUUGUCUUCAAAAACGGGAAGAUUGGCAUGAACGCCGAGCACUCCUGGGCCGACGCGCCCAUCGUGGGGCACCUCUGGGAGUACGUCUUGGCCACCGACAGCUUCCAGCUGGGCUACCUGGAGGAUGGGCACUGUAAAGGGGACACGAACCCGAGUAUCCCACCCCCCACCCGGCUGCAGUGGGACAUCCCGGAGGAGUGUCAGGAGGUGAUAGAGACGUCCCUGAGCAGCGCCAACCUCCUGGCCAACGACGUGGACUUCCACUCCUUUCCAUUCGACACUUUCGGGAAGGGGCUGAUCAAGAAGUCCCGCACCAGCCCGGACGCGUUCGUGCAGCUGGCCCUGCAGCUGGCGCACUACAAGGACAUGGGCAAGUUCUGCCUCACGUACGAGGCGUCCAUGACCCGGCUCUUCCGAGAGGGGAGGACGGAGACCGUGCGAUCCUGCACCGUGGAGUCCUGCGACUUUGUGCUCGCCAUGGCGGACCCCUCCCAGACGAUGGAGCAGAGACUGCGGUUGUUCAAGAUCGCGUCGGAGAAGCACCAGCACAUGUACCGCCUGGCGAUGACCGGCGCGGGGAUCGACCGCCACCUCUUCUGCCUGUACGUCGUGUCCAAGUACCUGGCCGUCGAGUCCCCGUUCCUGAAGGAAGUCCUGUCCGAGCCGUGGAGGCUGUCCACCAGCCAGACCCCUCAGCAGCAGGUGGAGCUGUUUGACCUGGAGAGGAACCCGGAGUACGUGAGCAGCGGCGGCGGCUUCGGGCCGGUUGCUGACGAUGGUUACGGCGUGUCCUACAUUCUGGUGGGAGAGAACCUCAUCAAUUUCCACAUAUCCUCCAAGUUCUCCUGCCCUGAGACGGAUUCUCAUCGCUUCGGGAAGCACCUGAGACAAGCCAUGACCGACAUCGUCGCUCUCUUUGGGUUCGGCUCCAACUCCAGAAAGUAACUCCCAGGACGGCUGCGGAAGGAAAGGGGGCGCUUCCGACAGAAACCAAAUGAAACGUAGCUGUUACUCCCGGUCCCAGUUCAGGAUGGAAAAUUGCUCUAAAAAACUCGGAACUGUUCUUGCCGUCGAGGACUUGGUGUUUUCUUGUUUUUCCAGAACAGCGGGCUCCACCCUACUCCUUCCAGGCAGGUGGGGGGCCCUUGAGGAAGCGCCCCAAACGUUUUCGCAUCGGCUCGCGUGUACUGAGGGAUGAAAACAUCACUGGGGUGGUGACUUCACACGUGUUGACAAUGGGACGCGACCGGGGACCUGGUACUUAGGGGUGUUUAAUUUUUUCGGAGUAAAACUAAAAUGUGUUCGUCCAGGGAGAGCGCGCUGGGGGGGGGAGGUGUUAGCAGCCAACAGCUGGCGCCCACGUAACGCACUAACGGACACGCUGUGCUGCUGAACACCGCGUUGUCCCCCUGGUAACCGCCCUCGUCGAGUUCGGUCGCGUGUGCUUGCCUGUCCGCGUUUCAAGCAUGUAGUUUGCGCAUCUUUAGUUUCCCUGACCUUGUGACUGUCCAGAUCCCAGUGCCUUAAACACGGAGGCCCUACAUGUAAGGGAGACCGGGCCGGGGGUUUAUUCUGUAGUCUUUAGGUGGAGUUGUGCGUGUCUUACUCCUCAGUUUACUGAGUGGAUAACCCUAAAUAGGCCUUUUCCUGUGGCUCCCGUACCCCUAGAAAGACCGGCGCCUUGCCGAGGGCAGCUCUGCGGGCGCCCCCACCCCCCUGCCUGCCUCAGCGGGAGUGGGCAUGUGUCAGAAAUGGGACGUUGGAUGGUUCAAUAUUGUGUGUCUGGAGCAUCCCCUGAACAAUAAAACAUGCUUUGUGCCUCGGCAGUGCCGCUCACCAAACUCAUGGCAGGCAGACAAGACACCUGCCCCCGAGAAAGGAACAAAACUUGAGAAAAGGGACGAGGACCCUCCAAGGUGUCAGGAGAGGGCAGUGCCGAUGCGCCAGGCGGGGAGCUUUCUGUCCCACCUGGCGAGAGAGCAGCCACGUUGUGGGGAACAGUGAACCCUUGGUGACCGACGGGGUGGCCGUGGCUGAGUGUCGACCCGUGAGCCAGAGGUUGAGGUUUGGUUCCCAGUCAGGGCGCGUUCCCCAGUUGUGGGCCCGAUCCCUCGUGGGGAUGUGCCAGGAGGCGACGGAUCGAUGAUUCUCUCUCAUCAUGGAUGUUUCUCUCUCUCCCUUCCUCUCUCUGAAAUCAGCAAAAAUGUAUUUUUAAAAAAACGUUGCGAGUGAGGGGGGCUGGGUUUCACACAGCCUGCCCGUCAGAUGGGAGUGCCUUAGCAGAAGGGGGUGAGUGACCAAAAACACGUAUGCACUGACUCCCCCUCAGUACUGAAUGUAAGAAGGAAGGGUCCCGGAAUUUGAAACGCCACUGUCUCCGUGUCCUUGGGAGCGCGGCUGUCCAUUUAAAGAACUGCGUGUGUGUGUUCUGACCCCUUUGUCCCGCUGGGCUUGCUCCGCCGGGGCUCGCGCUCAGUGACACCGGAUGGGCUGGACUGCAGGAGGAGGAGGAGGAGGUGCCGGCCACGGAGCUCGUGCGUGGCUUACUGUGUCUACGUUGUCAUGUAAAAAUCCCAUCUGAGUGGGCCAGAGAGUUUGUUUGUUUUUCUCUUAAAGUAAGAAGAAAUGAAAACCGGAAGAAAAACACACAACCAUAAUGAGAAAACCCCAGUUCAUCUGUGGUACACAGCCCAGGAGGCCCGCUCUGCCCCAGGCGGCGUGAGCCACGGCCGGCACUCGGAGCCACCUGCAUCCUGCAUUAUCGACCACUGACCAGUGUGUGUUACCAAGUGUUCACAUGUACACGUGUUAGCACUCAAAUAUAUUUGGGCUUAUCUCUCAGGUUUUAAAUAUUUUUGCUAAUCAGUGCAGUUGUCAAUGCAAUUUUUAUAUUCCUUGAAAGAUGGAAGAGUGGGUUUUUAACUGUACAUGUUGAAAGGAAGAGGUAAGAGUAUUAUGUAUUUAAUUUAAUUGGGAACAAACCAUGGUCUUAAUGGGAACUGUGGUUUGAAUUUGUUAGCUUGGACUGUCCAUUGCAUGUAAAUACAAUAUGCUCGUUUGGUUGUAAAUCUUAGAAAUGCAGUAUGAACGUUAUCAUUAAUAAAAGCAUUAAUCCAGACUACGA